CUCCGUCAUCAUCACCUUCUUCGUCUACACACCAAAACCCUAAAGCUUUUGGAGCCGCCCAAAGUCAGUUUCCAUGGCGCUUCAUCUCGCCAGACCCAAACAAAGGUUACACUCUAACCCAUCUCUGAUUCAUCUUUUCUCAACCUCCUCAUCAUCUCCUCAAGACGGGAACGAAUCUGGCGAACAAGCUUCUCAAUCACCGACUUCUUCAUCAUCGGCGUCGGAAUUGAAAAUCUCUUCGUACUUAAGUGGUAUCAAGAGCAGCCUGAAACAGAAACCACAGAUUCAGCCUCAGGAUGGGAGGAGACAGUUUGUCAGAUUCGAUGCCAAAGCUCAGAAUCAGGCGCCGUCGUUCUCCGGUAACCAAAUCGGAGGCAAUAUACAGGAUAUCAGGAGGAAUCUCAACGAGUUCCGGAAUAGAGAAUCAGCUCCUCCGGCGAGGGAUUUGCAGGAUCUUUACAAGCGAAACGUGCUAUCAAAACCCGGAGAUUAUGGGACUCGUAAAGCCGAGGGUACGGGUUAUGAAAGCCUAAAACAAAACUUAAGACAGAUGAGGUCGCAAGCUAACACCGAGACCAGAUUAUCCAAUUUAAAUUUAUCAAGCCUUAAGAGCAUUAUGAAGACGAAACCCACUGAAAAUGUGCGUUCAAAUGUGUUCGGCGGAGCAGAGGGAUUGCCCAUUUCCGUGUAUGGGGAGCGAUUAGAAGAAGGGAAGAAUAAAGAAGAUGAUACAGAGGAGAUGAAAUCGGAGUUUAUCAAGCGUUAUGAACCACAAGAAUUGGGGGAGAUACUAAGGCUGUACAGGCCACAAGGAAAGAAAGAAGAAGGUUGGUUCUCGUUGCAGGAGCUGAAUCAGAGGCUUGUAAAGCUAAGGGAGGUGGAAGAGGAAGCAGCACAGAAAACGAGGAAGGGGUUUGCUUUCAAUGAGUUGAGGUUUGAUGUUCAAUCCAAGAACGAGGAAGCCAAGAGAGCACAAGCCUUUAACAACUUGGAUAUUUUCGGCUUUAUAACUACACCGAAGUAUUUACUUGAGCCUCCGAAAGAGCAGCUAGUUGAAACUUAUUUCCACCCGGAUAACAUGUCUUCUGCGGAGAAGAUGAAAAUCGAGCUUGCAAAGGUCAGGGAAGAGUUCAAGAUGUCGGAAUCGGAUUGUGGUUCUGCACGUGUUCAAGUGGCGCAACUGACUACUAAGAUCAAGCAUCUGUCCUCUGUUCUACAUAAGAAGGACAAGCAUUCGCGAAAGGGACUUAUAGCAAUGGUGCAGAGACGGAAGAAACUGUUAAAGUAUAUGAGACGAACGGACUGGGACUCUUACUGCCUUUCACUGUCAAAACUCGGCCUUCGUGACAACCCAGAUCACAAGUGUUAAACUUUUUUGCUAGUGACUCAAUGAAUCGUGAUCUCGGUGCUCCUCUUUUUGUUCUUUUACUUUUGACAAAAGAGAGAAUGUGUGUCUAUUAUCCAUCACCAUUUUGGGGAGGAAACUUGUUCUACCACAGAUUAUUAUUGCAGCCUCUUUAGGCAAAGAAAUUAAUUUGUGGGUUUAUUUCGUUGACAUUGACCCUUCGAUU